GGGCGGGCGCCGCUGGGUAGUUGUCAGUGUGGUGGAGACUCAGGUAAAGUUGGCAACGCGGAGGCGGUGGCGGCCCCGAGUUCUACCUUGUAAAUACUGUUAUUUGUAUAUACUGUAAAUGAUGACAUCGGUGGGCACUAACCGAGCCCGGGGGAACUGGGAGCAGACACAGACACAGAGCCAGACACAGCACAAGCAGCGGCCACAGGCCACUGCAGAACAGAUUCGACUUGCACAGAUGAUUUCGGACCACAACGAUGCUGACUUUGAGGAGAAGGUGAAACAACUGAUUGAUAUUACGGGCAAGAACCAAGAUGAGUGUGUGAUUGCGCUGCACGACUGUAACGGGGAUGUCAACAGAGCCAUCAACGUGCUGCUGGAGGGGAAUCCAGACACGCAUUCCUGGGAAAUGGUUGGGAAGAAGAAAGGCGUCUCGGGGCAGAAGGACAGCGGGCAGACAGAACCCAGCGAAGAAGGCAAAGAGAACCGGGACAGGGAUCGGGAUUACAGCCGGCGACGUGGCGGGCCACCGAGACGAGGCCGAGGCACCAGCCGUGGAAGAGAGUGUAUGAGCCUGCCCUUUAAUAGCAACUAUAACUAUCAUGUUCGGGGCCAGGAGAAUGGACUGGAUGGUGGUAAGAGCGGAGGCUCCUCUGGAAGAGGCACAGAGAGAGGGAGACGGGGCCGUGGACGAGGCAGAGGUGGCUCUGGAAGGCGGGGGGGAAGAUUUUCUGCCCAGGGAAUGGGAACUUUCAACCCAGCUGAUUAUGCAGAGCCAGCCGGCACGGAGGAGAGCUAUGGGAAUAGCAACAACACAUGGAACAGUACUGGUAGCUUUGAGCCCGACGAUGGGACAAGACUUGAUUUCAUUGGGGGUGAGGGCUCAAAUUAUCCCCGAAAAUUUGACACUGCUCCUGGUGCAUGGAGGACAGCGACGGAGGAAUGGGGAACAGAGGACUGGAAUGAAGAUCUUUCAGAGACCAAGAUUUUCACUGCCUCCAAUGUGUCUUCAGUGCCUCUGCCUGCAGAGAAUGUGACAAUCACAGCUGGCCAGAGAAUUGACCUUGCGGUGCUGUUAGGAAAGACACCCUCUUCUCUGGAGAAUGAGUCAUCAAACCUGGAUUCAACCCAGGCCCCUUCUCUUGCCCAGCCUCUGGUGUUCAGCAAUUCCAAGCAGACGGCUUUAUCCCAGCCUGCAUCUGGUAACGCCUUCCCUCAUCACAGCAUGGUGAGCAUGCUGGGGAAGGGGUUUGGAGAUGUCGGAGAGGCCAAAAGCAGCAGCACCACAGGCUCUCAGUUCCUGGAGCAGUUCAAGACAGCUCAGGCUCUGGCUCAGCUGGCUGCUCAGCACACCCAGCCUGGCGGGAGCAACACCUCCUCCUCCUGGGACAUGGGAUCCCCAGCACAGUCCUCGGCUCUCGUGCAGUAUGAUCUAAAGAACCCAACGGACUCAUCAGUUCACAGCCCCUUCACCAAGCGUCAGGCUUUCACGCCAGCCUCAGCGAUGAUGGAGGUGUUCAUGCAGGAGAAGCAGCCUGUGGUGACAGCUGCUACAACGGCACCACCCCCCCCAUCUUCCCCUCUGCCCAGCAAAACCAACCCUGUUCCUCAGAUGUCCCCGGGGUCAUCGGACAACCAGUCCUCCAGUCCCCAGCCAGUGCAGCAGAAGCUCAAACAGCAGAAGAAGAAAGCCUCCUUGACAUCUAAGAUUCCUGCUCUUGCGGUGGAAAUGCCUGGCUCAGCAGAUAUCUCAGGGCUAAACCUGCAGUUUGGGGCAUUACAGUUUGGUUCGGAGCCUGUUCUCUCGGAGUAUGAAUCAACGCCCACGACGAGCGCCUCUGUGAGCCAGUCUCAAAGCAGCCUCUAUGCCAGCACUGCAAGUGAAUCUUCGUCCAAUCAAAGCCAGGAGUCUGGUUACCAGGGCGGCACAAUACAGACAGCAACGUAUACCUCCCAGAACAGCGCUCAGGGACCACUGUAUGAACAGAGAUCCACCCAAACCAGGCGAUACCCAAACUCCAUCUCCUCCUCACCCCAGAAAGACCUGACCCAGGCGAAGAAUGGUUUCAGUUCUGUGCAGCCCACGCAGUUACAAACCACGCAGGCCGUCGAAGGUGCUCCAGGCCCUGUGGUGAAAUCAGAUUCCCCCUCUGCCCCCAAUAUCGCACCUCUGAACGAUGCAGUAUCAGCAUCAUCCCUGCUGACAACAGCCAGCCAGCACUCAUCAGCUCUGAGUAGCCUGAACCACGCUGAGGAGCUCCCCAGUACGACCACCGCCCAACUCAGCAGCACGUUACCCACCCAGCAGAACAGCCUCUCCUCGUCUACAUCCUCUGGGCGCACAUCAACAUCAACUCUUCUGCACACUAGUGUGGAGAGUGAAGUGAGCCUCCAUUCUUCUGCUAGCACUUUCUCCACCUCCUCCACCACAGUCUCGGCUGCCCCACCUGUGGUCAGCGUCUCCUCCAGUCUGAGCAGCGUCAGCAGCCUGGGCCUGAGCCUCAGCAGCAACUCCACAGUGACAGCCUCCACUCGCAGCUCUGUGGCCACAACAGCAGGAAAAGCCCCUCCCAACCUCCCUCCUGGAGUUCCACCACUGUUGCCUAAUCCGUACAUCAUGGCUCCAGGGCUCUUACAUGCCUAUCCGCCACAAGUGUAUGGUUAUGACGACUUGCAGAUGCUUCAGACGAGAUUCCCAUUGGAUUAUUACAGCAUCCCAUUCCCUACCCCCACCACCCCGCUGACUGGAAGAGACGGCAGCCUGAGCAGCAAUCCGUAUUCUGGUGACCUCACGAAGUUUGGCCGAGGCGACGCCUCCUCCCCUGCUCCAGCAACAACUUUGGCACAGCCUCAGCAGAGCCAGACGCAGACACACCAUACCACGCAGCAGACGUUCCUGAACCCAGCUCUGCCUCCUGGCUACAGUUACACCAGUCUGCCAUACUACACAGGGGUACCAGGGCUCCCCAGCACCUUCCAGUAUGGGCCCGCCGUGUUCCCUGUCGCUCCUACCUCUUCCAAGCAGCAUGGUGUGAAUGUCAGCGUCAACGCGUCAGCAACCCCUUUCCAGCAGCCCAGCGGCUAUGGCUCUCAUGGAUACAGCACUGGUGUAUCAGUGACAUCCAGUAAUACGGGAGUGCCAGACAUCUCGGGCUCAGUCUACUCCAAGACCCAGCAGUCCUUUGAGAAGCAGGGAUUUCACACUGGAACCCCGGCAGCCUCGUUCAACUUGCCUUCAGCACUGGGCAGCGGUGGCCCCCUCAACCCCGCGACAGCUGCAGCGUACCCACCGGCGCCAUUCAUGCACAUCCUCACCCCGCAUCAGCAGCCCCACUCGCAGAUCCUCCACCACCAUCUGCAGCAGGACGGCCAGCUUCCAUAUUUGCAGAUGAUACUGUGCUGCCAACGCCAGCAGGAGGACCAGAGCGGCACCGGACAGCGCAGCCAGGGCAGCUCCAUCCCCCAGAAAUCCCAGGCCAACAAGUCCACCUACAACAGCUACAACUGGGGCGCCAACUGAGGCUGCAGCGGCCCUGCGCCCCUCGCCUCUUGCUUCUGGAAGAGAAACGUACCGAAAACGACGACAACGGAACCCGGGGAGGAGAGCGCCCCCUAUCUCCCGGCACAGCGCCAGCAGCCCCCGGAGCAGGCCGGCCACAUGGCUCUGCAUUGUGUCUGUUUUCAGCCACCUUUCCUGUUGUAUGUAAUAUAGAAUUUGUAUUUUCUCUCUUUCUCUCUCUCUCUGCGUUCAGACUCUGAACCGUUUGCCGUAGGGGCCUUUUUUGGUUUUUACUCCUUUCUCCUCCCCCCUUCUCCCCACAUCCUGCUGCCCCCUGACCCCGGUGGACCCAAAGGAGUGGAAAGCUGCAAGUCCACCUACAGCAAACCCCCUUUACUAUUAGGAAUAAGAACAGUCAUUGAUAUGAACAGCAUUGUCCGAUGAAUUAGUUGAAGUGUUUUUUGUACUGUGUUCUAAAUUUAAUGGAUAAAUGUGUCUUGUAUAUAAAAACGAAAACCCCA